GCGGAAUACUAACAACUAUGAUCAUCUGCUUCUGAAAUCCAUUUCCAAUCAUUUGCUUCAUUUUCUUCAAUCAUCAAUCACACUCUCAAGGUUUCUUAAUUUCCCUUUCCACACAACGAAAAAUGUUUACCCGAAGCCGACGCUUUGCUUCUUCUUCAUCAUCGGAGAAGAAGCCUUCCGUUUCAGAGAAUUCAACUUCAAACAAGAAUGUUGCCGCCGUGAAGACUCGCUUGACGAAGAAACGUCCCGCUCUCGCCGACGUUACCAAUAACAGAAAUGCCUCUCUCGUCAAAACCUCCCUUGCUGCUCCAUAUAAGCCCAUGGUUCCAUGUGCGUCCAAAACUGCAAAGACAAAGAAGGAUUCCAUUGCAAGUUCGCAGAAAAAUGUUAUGUCCGAGAACAUUUUGCAACCCUCAUCGAGAAUAAGAUCGAGUGGAUUUCUGGUCUCCAAAGAGGCAUGUUCGACCAAAGCUAGUCAAAUUAAGACUGGAGUUAAAGCAUUCAUUGCUCCAAGCAAUGAUGGUGCUGUUUGUCCAGAUUUUAAGAGUGUGGUCUGUAGUCCGAGAUGGAUGGACAUUUACCCAAGUAAUUCCUUCAGCGGUUCUGCUUCACUGGAUGAGAGCAUGUCAACCAGCGAUUCUCUGAUGACUCCAGAAUUUGAAUAUAUUCGGAAUGACGAUGUUGUAUCAAUCAAAUCAAUUGAGAAUAAAACAUGCAACAUUCUCAAUAUUUCAGACUCUUCCAAAAUGGGAGGGAGAAUACAUGAUAUUGAUACCAUACUGAAGUCAAGAGCAAAUGAAUUUGUAGACAUUGACCGCAAUACCAAAGACCCACAGUUUUGUGCAUCCUUUGCCCAUGAAAUCUAUGAAAAUUUGCGUGUAUCAGAGAAAUUUAAAAGGCCAUCUAUGGACUACAUGGAGAAGAUACAGAAAAAGAUCAAUGCUAGCAUGCGGGCAAUGCUUAUUGAUUGGCUUGUGGAGGUUGCUGACGAGUACAGACUCCUACCUGAUACACUAUUUUUGGCAGUUAACUACCUUGAUCGCUAUCUUUCAGGCAAAGCAAUGAACACGCAGCAGUUACAACUACUUGGUGUUACCUGCAUGAUGAUUGCUGCUAAAUACGAGGAGAUCUGUGCACCUAAGGUGGAAGAGUUCUGUUAUGUAACUGAUAAUACAUAUUCUAAGGAGCAGGUGCUGGAGAUGGAGUCCUCUGUUCUGAAUUUCUUGAAGUUUGAAAUGACAGCUCCUACAAUUAGAUGUUUUUUGAGACGCUUCAUUACUGUUGCCCAACAAACAUGUGAGAUUCCAUUGAUGCAGUUGGAGUAUUUGGCCGACUAUGUAGCGGAUUUAUCGCUUCUAGAGUAUGAUAUGCUUAAGUACACCCCAUCAUUAAUAGCUGCAUCAGCCACUUUCUUGGCUAAAUAUAUACUACUUUCGACAAAGAAUCCCUGGAACUCUAUGCUAAGGCAUUACACAGGUUACCAAGCAUCAGAAUUGCGGGAAUGUGUUGAGGGAUUGCAUUUGUUGUACCGAAAUGGCUAUCAUAGUUCACCUUCCAUUACUGCUAUCAGAGAGAAAUACAGUCAGCAUAAGUUCAAGUUUGCUGCAAAGAAGUGUUGUCCUCCAUCAAUACCAGUAGAAGUAUUUCACAACUGAACUCACAUACUAUUACAAGAAAUGCUAGCAAAAUACUGAAUUGGACAUUAUUGAAUACAAUAUUUGGGAUUGACAUAUUUUUCAAAGAGUGAUCUAUUCGCCAGACGACUAAAUUGACUUUUUGAGAAAAUAUCAUAAGUUUUUAAAAAUGUAUCAAAAAGUGUUUCUACUAUUCAAAUACCUGCGGUGUCCGCUCUGGAAGAUUUUGGAUCAUUGUGAGCAAAGGGAUGUAAUGUUGCUUGUCUUGCCUAGUGGAAUUUUACAUGCCGCUAAUUUUGUGCCAGCCAUUUUGAUUUUCAAGCUACUGUACCAAGUCCAUUUAGACACAUUCGUUCUUCAUUGUCAUGUACAGUUCCUCCCUGCAGACCUUGUUGAAUUAAAUAAAUUUACAAGUUAAAA